UGAAACGUUAUUGGUGAAUUACCAGACUAGCAAACUUGAUUACACCGUGGCCAUUACAAUUUGUUUUGAUGUAUGUUACGUGUGUCAAAGCUAUUAUCAAAUGAAUGUCGAGAUACGACUAGUCUUAUCUACGCUGGAAUCUCAGCUGUCAGUGUAUAACAUGCCUCAAAUCAUUCCGUAUUAAAAUAUGUUUUAAAAAAUCCGUCUUUUACUCUGAAGGGACAAACACUCAAAAUUUACAGAAGCGCGCAGACGACCAUUGUUUACUUACUGAGAAUCACCGGAUUUAAAAUAUUCUAAAUGAUUCUAACGAAUUAAUUAUCAUGAUUGAAUCGAGAUUCGGCGAGGAUUAAAAUUUCAGCGAGAGUUAAGGGGGUUUAAAGGAGAUCCGCGGCACACAGCUAAUCAGAUUGUGCUCCUUCGUUAUACCUCCUAAUGAUAGCUCACUUAACAAUAAUAUGCAAGUUGUAUGUAUAUAUGUAAAAACGUAUCGUAUAUCGUCGUAUUUUGAAAAUAAUUUUCAUUGUUGAUAUUCGCGAUUUGAUAUUGGGGUAUUUUUCAUCACGUGACCUCUGUUGGCUAUUUAAAUACUUGGAGAGAGUACACACAUGGGGACGAUCGGAUGAGGAGUUGAGAUGUUUGAUCACUCAUGACAUAUCGUUUUUUUAUUUUUAUUUAAAUAAAAUAUUCAGGUGCGCCUGGACCUGCAUCGUGUGGUGUUUAUAAAAAAAAAAUGUAAGGCGUGAGUAAGAAGAAUUCCAAACGAUGAGAACCUAGGGUUGGAUUAAAUUCAUUUCUGCGCGGAUCUGUGAUCUAGAAUUAGCAUGGAGGAAGAACGGACUUUCCAGAGGUACUUCUAAGGAUCCAAGUCUAAGCUUUAUAUGUUUAAGUUUGUGUUAAUUCCGUCAAGAAUGUACACAUUCUUCUGGAUUAUAACUUGUCUGGUUGUUUUUGUGACUAUGACCUCGGAAGGAGGGAAUCCCUCACUGUCUCGCUCCGAUAUUCAAGCCCAAGGAAAGAAUAUGUUUCGGGCCUUAAGUAAUUCCAGUUGUAAAAUUGACUGUUCUCGGAAGAAGAACAGACCUGUCUGUGGAUCUGAUGGGGUGACCUACAAACACCGGUGUGAACUCAAGCGUGCCAAAAGAUGUGACAAAAAGAAGAUCAAGGUCAAGCGGAAAGGACCCUGUUCACCCUCAGAAGCCGAUAGAACAAGCAGUAACUGCGUCCGAGAGAGGAACGAGGCGCUAGAAAUCGCCAGACGGCCGACGUUCGGGGUCUACAUCCCAGAAUGCAAGGAUGACGGUACGUACGCGGAGCGACAAUGCCAUGUAACAAGUGGUUUUUGUUGGUGUGUGACCCCUGACGGAAAACCAAUCGAGGGGACCCCGGUGCACGGGAGAGACCCGGCCUGUAGAGGGAAGAAACUGGGCAAAAAACGUAGACAGCCCCGGAGGGAGAGAGGUAAAAAAAAGAAAAAGAGGCGGAAGAGUUGUAAGACGGCUGACAAACAGAAAUUUAACCAGAAUAUUGUAAAGGUGUUCACUGAUGAAUAUAAAAGGGCAGUAACUGUGUCUGCGGCCGGUUCAUUGGACACAGAUAAAACAUUAGCACAGAAAGUGAUUGAGUGGAAAUUCGAUCAACUUGAUAAAAAUAAAGACAAUAUAUUGAAACGCAAAGAAACUAGGACUAUUAAAAGAAUGGUGCGGAAGUUAAUACAACCGAAGGCAUGCGCACGCAGAUUCCUUGAGUACUGCGAUUCCGAUCGGAAUCGAGUGAUCGUGCGGAAGGAAUGGUCUUUCUGUCUCACGACUAACGCUAACAGCAUUUCUCGUCGAAUUUUCUUCUCCCUGACGACAGACCAAACCUUGAAGACUCCAGACAAAGAAGAACCAGAUGCCUCAACAAAGGUCCGGCAGCCCAUCAUAGGCGAGGCCGGAAGUUCCCUGACUGGCCUCAAUCCGCAACAACCCAUCUUUGUCACCGAUUCUAGACCAGACACGGAAGUAGGCCUGAUACGAAAGAGUUGUUCUGAGGAACGAGCUUUCUCCCUCAGUCAACGGUCUGCGGAUCCAGAAGGGGGGAUCUACAUACCACAAUGUUCUACUGACGGCAAAUAUAACAUUGUCCAAUGUCAUAAAUAUUGCUGGUGUGUUGAUCGAGAAACAGGGAUGCCGCUUAAAGGAAUAAAAGCUAAAUUGGCCUCCAAAGGGCCUCCUCAGUGCAAUAUUACAACAGAGCGUGAAAUGCCUGGUUGUCCAUUCGUCAAGAAAGCAAGGUUUUUAACCAGUUUACUGAAUAUGUUUGUGUCAGAAAUGAAGAACGAUUCUACGGCUAGCUCAAGUCACACGAACAAUAACGAGUCUGAUUACGAGAGGGCUGCGAGAUGGAAGUUCAGGAGUCUUGAUAAAAAUAAAAACAUGAACUUGGACAGGAGAGAAGUGAAAAAAUUCCGCAAACUUAUACCAAAACAAAAAGACACUAGAAAGUGUAGCAGAAAUUUUCUUAGAUAUUGUGACGAAAAUACUAAUAAGAAAAUAACUUUAGAAGAAUGGUUAAGCUGUACAAAUUUGAGCGACUAUGGCUUAAUCGUUUCAGAGAGCCCACAAAGAAAAGGUAAAAAUCCUCUAAGAGAAUACUUAAAGCCAAGUUAACAUUGAAAUGUCACCCAAUCAAAUAAAAAAACAUUCUGAAGAGUGAAGUACUUCAGUGACGUCACUGCUUCAGUGGAAGCGUGAAUGCCCGGAUUGAGACAACAUAUUCCUCGCAAUGUUACGUCAUUGUUGACUAUGUAAAUCAUGUGAUCUCAGAAAGCCAACAAAAUUUGUGACAACCUGUGACGUCACCACAAUAGUUGAUGUUUGCAGCAAUGUCCAACUUAGUCCCAAGCAGAAGUAUUAGAUAGUAAAUUAUCAACUAAAUUAUCAACUCCAAUCAAUGUGUAUGAUUUGGUGAUAAUUUGUGUUCCUUGUUCUAUCCAUUUCAACAUAAAUGAUGUAUACAAUGUAUUUAUUACAUACUAGUGGCAUUGUUUUGAUUGUGGGUCUGGUUUUUGAAAUAUACUGGACAAUUCGUAAAAGUAACAUAGCGGGAAGUUCAUUGCCGUUUGUACUGUACACAAAUAAAAUUCGAGUAUAUUUAGGACUUCAAGAAUGAACAUUUUUUAGUAGAUUUUAAAUUAAUGUUCAAAACACAGACUAUCCCGAUAAUUUACAGGCAUUUUUAAAUAAUAUGUACAAGUAACAAUGCAAACAACUUUAAAAUUAUUGAAAAGCAAUGCCACUGGAUUAUGAACUGUAUAAUAUAGUUCACAGAAAUGGUUUUCUGAAAUGUUUUUUUGUAAAAACUUUAAAUUUAAAUUACACAAAGAAAUAUUUAUGAAAAUUUCUCAGUAGACUUCAAAUCAUGUUCACUUACUUAAUGAUCUUUUUUUACAGUUUGCCAAUCAUUAGACAAAUUAUUUAAUGUGUAAGAGAAAAUUGUUCACUUGUUUAUUUAUUAGAGUAUAUCUUUUGACAAUUAAGAUUCCAUUAAUAUUCAUCAAUCAAAACCUUGCAUUGUUUCUAUAGUUUUUAGUGACACAAAUAUCGAAUUUGGUCAGAAUACUUAAAGUGUAGGAUAUAGGAAGCAUUGUGUUAUUUGUUUGUCCAUGAACAUUGAAUUGUUACAUUAUUUGUAAAUUUUAAGCUGUAUCUCUUGAAGAUAAACAUUUUGUCAUAUGUACAUGCAUGUUUCUGAAUGGGAUUCAGAGUUGUUGUGUCAUAAAAUGUUCUUUAAUUUAAUUAAAAAAUAUUGACCAAGA